AUGUUCGGCACCUGGGAGCUGCUGUACACCAGCAGCAGCAUCACGCGUUUCUUUGGUGGCGCCACCGGCUUGCAGCGACUGCUGCCGGCGGGGGAGGUCGGGCGCGUCGAGCAGUACAUUGACGCUGAGAAUGGUACGUGUGAGGUUAGGGAGGAACUCAGCUUUGAGGUGCCGAUUGUGGGUACGCCGAUGAAGAAGAUAGCCGUGGCGAGCGGCACGAUUAGGGCUACGUCACAGACGAGGCAGGCGUGGGACCCGAAGGAAGUGCAAUUCUAUUUCUUCAAGCAGUUUGCCGACGGAUGGAAGACCCUGCGGGCAUUUCAGAUCGCCGAUACGUCGUUUUUGGAUGAAAGCUUGAGGAUUACGAGGGGGCAGACGGGGAGCGUUAAUGUGUUUGGCAAAAGGGAUGAUGACUGA